UUGCAUCUGAAACAAACUGGUGACAGACGGACACUUUUAGGCUACUAUACUUUCAAUUUAUUGAUUAGGAAUUAUGUAAAGCUUUAUCGAUAUAUUUCAGAUUUGAAUGUUCAGACAACAUUGGAGAAUAACAUCGGGGGCGAUAUAGUGAUUGACGAACACAAGCCGAGGCUGAUAAUAUUCUGAACCGAGACUGAACCUAGACAACCAAACACCGCCAUGAUGUCAAGCCUGAUCCAGAGUAGGCGGGAAUAACGGAGUUUUUUGACCAAUGAAAAAUCGUAAAAGCGCCCGGAGUCCAAUAGUAAAUGUAGUUGUCGUUUGACAACUGCUUGGUGUUGACAACAGGAGCAGUAGACAUUCAUUCUCUGUGAAUACCAAACUAACAGACUGUGUAUUGAGUACAUCAUUCCCCCUUGAAGAAUUUAACUAAGAGUGAAAGAUGCAGUUCAUGCUGCUGUUCAGUAGGCAGGGGAAGCUGCGUCUCCAGAAGUGGUAUGUUCCUCUGUCUGAUAAGGAGAAGAAGAAGAUUACCAGAGAGCUGGUCCAGACGGUUCUGGCCAGGAAACCAAAGAUGUGUUCAUUUCUGGAGUGGAGAGACCUCAAGGUUGUUUACAAGAGGUAUGCCAGCCUGUAUUUCUGCUGUGCCAUAGAGAACCAGGACAACGAGCUGAUCACACUAGAGAUCAUCCACAGAUAUGUGGAACUACUGGAUAAGUACUUUGGCAGUGUGUGUGAGCUGGACAUCAUAUUUAACUUUGAGAAGGCCUACUUCAUCCUGGAUGAGUUCUUGCUGGGAGGAGAGGCCCAGGACACAUCUAAGAAGAAUGUACUGAAGGCUAUAGAACAAGCUGACCUACUGCAGGAGCCCCGUCAUGAGUACUUUAAUGUGCCUGUGUACUAAACGUCCACUCCUGCUGUCCUGUCCACUCUGCAUGCGGAGCCCCUCCCACUCAACAUGUGGCCCCUCCCCUCCGGCACAUGGUCCCUCCAGCACCUGGCUCCUCAUCCUCAGCUCCAUAAGAACCAUAAAGCGCCAUGCUUUACCAACAGAUCCACACAGGACCACAGCUACAUCAUCAAAGGUCAUAGGUCAUUGGUCCACACGUUCAGUUUAUCACAUACUUCCAUCAGCUGUUUCCACUGUUUGUUGUCUAUCUGAAGAGUCCAUGGUUUACUGUGUAUAAUACAACGGGUCUAAUCCUGAAUGCUGAUUGCUUAAAACUGCAUUCCAGCCGGUGUCUAUUCCACAAGUGACUACCGGCAAAAUCUAUGCCGUUAAAAUGCCUAUUUACUCAGCCGGUGUCUAUUCCACAAGUUACCACCGGUUAAAUCUAUGCCGUUAAAAUGCCUAUUUACUCUUCCAUCUGACUGCACAAUGCACUGUCUCAUCAGCCCAGCCAGGCAAUUUAUUAACUUGAUCUCCACUAUAAAAAGCAUCUAGAUAUUAUCUCAUAUUUCUUUUAGACUAAUAUUUAGUUUUCAACAGCAGAGAUUUGUAUAAACCUGGCUGUCUGUCUCUCCGACAUUUAGUUUUCAACAGCAGAGAUUUGUAUAAACCUGGCUGUCUGUCUCUCCGACAUUUAGUUUUCAACAGCAGAGAUUUGUAUAAACCUGGCUGUCUGUCUCUCCGACAUUUAGUUUUCAACAGCAGAGAUUUGUAUAAACCUGGCUGUCUGUCUCUCCGACAUUAGCAACAUUGUUUCAAUAUUCAAUCUCCAGCUGUCCCCAUAGUAACGAACGUGUCGGGACGAGACAGGCAGGCAUCUUUUCUCAGCCAGUCGAAACUAAUCAACAUCAUUUUUAUGGAUACAGUUGAAGUCGGAAGUUUACAUACACUUAGGUUGGAGUCGUUAAAACUCGUUUUUCAACCACUCCACAAAUUUCUUUUUAACAAACUAUAGUUUUGGCAAGUCGGUUAGGACAUAUACUUUGUGCAUGACAAGUAAUUUUUCCAACAAUUGUUUUCAGACAGAUUAUUUCACUUAUAAUUCACUGCAUCACAAUUCCAGUGGGUCAGAAGUUUUCAUUCACUAAGUUGACUGUGCCUUUAAACAGCUUGGAAAAUUCCCGAAAAUGGUGUCAUGGCUUUAGAAGUUUCUGAUAGGCUAAUUGACAUCAUUUGAGUCAUUUGGAGGUAUACCUGUGGAUGUAUAUCAAGGCCUACCUUCAGACUCAGUGCCUCUUUGCUUGACAUCAUGGGAAAAUCAAAAGAAAUCAGUCUGGUUCAUCCUUGGGAGCAAUUUCCAAAUGCCUGAAGGUACCACAUUCAUCUGUACAAACAAUAGUACGCAAGUAUAAACACCAUGGGACCACGCAGCCAUCAUACCGCUCAGGAAGGAGACGCGUUCUGUCUCCUAGAGAUGAACCUACUUCGGUGCUUAAAGUGCAAAUCAAUCCCAGAACAACAGCAAAGGACCCCGUGAAGAUGCUGGAGGAAACAUGUACAAAAGUAUCUAUAUCCACAGUAAAAACGAGUCCUAUAUCGACAUAACCUGAAAGGCCGCUCAGAAAGGAAGAAGCCACUGCUCCAAAACUGCCAUAAAAAAGCCAGACUACGGUUUGCAACUGCACAUGGGGACAAAGAUCAUACUUUUUGGAGAAAUGUCCUCUGGUCUGAUGAAACAAAAAUAGAACCGUUUGGCCAUAAUGACCAUCGUUAUGUUCGGAGGAAAAAGGGGGAGGCUUGCAAGUCGAAGAACACCAUCCCAACCGUGAAGCACGGGGGUGGCAGCAUCAUGUUGUGGGGGUGCUUUGCUGCAGGAGGGACUGGUGCACUUCACAAAAUAGAUGAAAUCAUGAGACAGGAAAAUUACGUGGAUAUAUUAAAGCAACAUCUCAAGACAUCAGUCAGGAAGUUAAAGCUUGGUCGCAAAUGGGUCUUCCAAAUGGACAAUGAACCCAAGCAUACUUCCAAAGUUGUGGCAAAAUGGUUUAAGGACAACAAAGUCAAGGUAUUGGAGUGGCUAUCACAAAGCUCUGACCUCAAUCCUAUAGAAGAUUUGUGGGCAGAACUGAAAAAGCGUGUGCAAGCAAGGAGGCCUACAAACCUGACUCAGUUACACCAGCUCUGUCAGGAGGAAUGGGCCUAAAUUCACCCAACUUAUUGUGGGAAGGCUACCCAAAACGUUUGACCCAAGUUAAACAAUUUAAAGGCAAUGCUAUCAAAUACUAAUUGAGUGGAUGUAAACUUCUGACCCAAUGGGAAUAGGAUGAAAGAAAUAAAAGCUUAAAUAAAUCAUUCUCUCUACUAUUAUUCUGACAUUUCACAUUCUUAAAAUAAAGUGGUGAUCCUAACUGACCUAAAACAGGGAAUUUUUUACAAGGUUUAAAUGUCAGGAAUUGUGAAUAAGUGAGUUUAAAUGUAUUUGGCUGAGGAUGUAUGUAAACUUCCGACUCCAACUGUAUAUACAAAGAACUGUCAAUAGAAAACAGGUCAAACGAAACCAAGUCCAGCUAGUUUACAGUCUUUCCUGAUUCAGUUUGAAGUUGUGUUGUUAGAUGUGUUGUUGGCUCCUCUGAACAACAGUGUCCUGACGAGAGAGAGAGCACAUGUUCUAUGCCAGGUGAAAUCGUGCCUCAUUAGCUCAUUGUUAUGGAUGUAUCCAAAUAAAUGUCCUUAGAAAACAGCUCCUUUGUUGUUAUUCUGGCUGCACUGUUAGACGUGACUGUAAGUUAGCCGUAGUUGGCUAGCUAGCAAGCAAGGGAUAAGAACGCUGCCAGCCUGUGUGGAACAUUUAGAACGAGCGACUGGGAUACGUCCAUAGAUACAGAACAAAAAGACCGAACGACUGGGUCGCGUCCAUAGAUACAGAACAAAAAGACCGAACGACUGGGUCGCGUCCAUAGAUACAGAACAACGACUGGGUCACGUCCAUAGAUACAGAACAAAAAGACCGAACGACUGGGUCGCGUCCAUAGAUACAGAACAACGACUGGGUCACGUCCAUAGAUACAGAACAACGACUGGGAUACGUCCAUAGAUACAGAACAAAAAGACCGAACGACUGGGUCGCGUCCAUAGAUACAGAACAACGACUGGGUCACGUCCAUAGAUACAGAACAACGACUGGGUCGCGUCCAUAGAUACAGAACAACGACUGGGUCGCGUCCAUAGAUACAGAACAACGACUGGGUCGAGUCCAUAGAUACAGAACAACGACUGGGUCGCGUCCAUAGAUACAGAACAACGACUGGGUCGCGUCCAUAGAUACAGAACAACGACUGGGUCGCGUCCCAUAGAUACAGAACAACGACUGGGUCGCGUCCAUAGAUACAGAACAACGACUGGGUCGCGUCCAUAGAUACAGAACAACGACUGGGUCGCGUCCAUAGAUACAGAACAACGACUGGGUCGAGUCCAUAGCUACAGAACAACGACUGGGUCGCGUCCAUAGAUACAGAACAACGACUGGGUCGCGUCCAUAGAUACAGAACAACGACUGGGUCGCGUCCAUAGAUACAGAACAACGACUGGGUCGCGUCCAUAGAUACAGAACAACGACUGGGUCGCGUCCAUAGAUACAGAACAACGACUGGGUCGCGUCCAUAGAUACAGAACAACGACUGGGUCGCGUCCAUAGCUACAGAACAACGACUGGGUCGCGUCCAUAGAUACAGAACAACGACUGGGUCGCGUCCAUAGAUACAGAACAUAAAGACUGGGUCGCGUCCAUAGAUACAGAACAUAAAGACUGGGUCGCGUCCAUAGAUACAGAACAACGACUGGGUCGCGUCCAUAGAUACAGAACAACGACUGGGUCGAGUCCAUAGAUACAGAACAACGACUGGGUCGCGUCCAUAGAUACAGAACAACGACUGGGUCGCGUCCAUAGCUACAGAACAACGACUGGGUCGCGUCCAUAGAUACAGAACAACGACUGGGUCGCGUCCAUAGAUACAGAACAAAAAGACCGAACGACUGGGUCGCGUCUCUGGCAACCGAACCGAUAGAACGAACGACCAGCCGGCUUGGGUAGCAACCCUAGAUUUGUGUCAGGACUAUAUCUUGUGGAAGGAUGAAAUAAUAUGAAUAAAUUCAUCACAAUAAGUUAAUGAAAACAUGUCAAUCAUUAUUUGAAUAUGUUGGUAAACCUUUGUAUAAAAGUGAUAGUUCCCUUGAAGCCGGUGUUUGGAGGAUAUAUUGGCAUGGUUUGCUGGGCCUAACAAGACCCGUGCCAAUAUAUCCAUGGUUUGCUGGGCCUAACAAGACCCGUGCCAAUAUAUCCAUGGUUUGCUGGGCCUAACAAGACCCGUGCCAAUAUAUCCAUGGUUUGCUGGGCCUAACAAGACCCGUGCCAAUAUAUCCAUGGUUUGCUGGGCCUAACAAGACCCGUGCCAAUAUAUCCUCCAAACACCGGCUUCGUGGGAAUUAUCACUUAAAUGUUGAUACAUUGUGUCUCUGAAGAGUCCAUGGUUUACUGUGUAAUGUUGAUACAUUCUCUAUUAAAAUACAAAGUUAAUAUUUUA